AUGUCAGACGAACAGCACAUCGAUGCCGCCCUCGACGGUCUCCACCUCGAGAACAACGAAGAUGCCCCUCCUCGCACCGAUGACGAAUACGCCCUCGCUCAGCUUACUCUGAGAGCUAUCGUCUCCUCUAAGGAAGCAGGCGUCAUCAUUGGAAAAGCUGGCCAGAACGUCGCCGAGCUCCGCGACAAGACCGGUGUCCGCGCCGGCGUCAGCAAGGUCGUCCCUGGUGUUCACGACCGUGUCUUGACCGUCCUCGGCCCCUUGGAUGCCGUCGCUUCUGCCUACGGUCACGUAGCCGAUGGCUUGCUCAAGGGCGUUCCUCAGCUCGGCAUGGGCGGUGUCGCUUCUAACCCCAACACCCACCCUGUCCGUCUUCUCAUCUCGCACAACCAAAUGGGCACCAUCAUCGGUCGCCAAGGUCUCAAGAUCAAACAAAUCCAGGACGCUUCUGGAGUUCGUAUGGUCGCCCAAAAGGAAAUGCUUCCCCAGUCAACCGAGCGCAUUGUUGAGAUCCAAGGUACCCCUGAUGGCAUCCAGAAGGCUGUUUGGGAGAUUGGCAAGUGCCUGGUCGACGACGAACAGCGUGGCUACGGUACUAUUCUUUACAACCCUGCCGUCAGAGUUGCUGGUGGUGCUGGUGGCGCCCCUGCCAGCAACGGCUCUUCCUACCCCUCUGGCCGCUCCUACAACCGCACCGGCAACGGUACCGACUUCAGCGAUGCUCCUGCCGCCUACACACGCCGCGACUCUGCUCCCCGCGCUGCCGCACCUAUCGCUGCCGAAGACGAUGAGGACAUCCAAACCCAGAACAUCAGCAUCCCUGCUGACAUGGUUGGUUGCAUCAUUGGUCGUGGAGGCAGCAAGAUCUCCGAGAUCCGCAAAAGCUCUGGCGCUCGUAUCUCAAUUGCCAAGGCCCCCCACGACGAGUCUGGCGAGAGGAUGUUCACUAUUACUGGAUCCUCAAGUGCCAACGAGAAGGCCCUCUACCUGCUUUACGAGAACCUUGAAGCCGAGAAGAUGAGAAGAAGCCAGAUGCCUCCUCAGGAUGCUUAG